CAGAAAUAAUUUAUUAGAAAUGUUUAUACUAAGGAAUAUUUAAUAUGCUAAGGACCAUCAUUAAAGACAAUAUAUUAAUGCAUUAAAGCACAUUAAACAAUCGCAUUAUAAUAUAUCAUAUUGGAAUAUCGGAUGGACAUAAUAUUUUAUUUGGACAUAAAAUAACAAAAUAAUACAUAAAUAAUAAGCUUUUUUUAAUUUUUGUGGUUAGAAUGAUAAUACGAAGUCAAAAAACGAGGGAAAUAGAAUAAUAUAUUAAUUUACCAAACGUCUAAACUCUAAACGAUUAACGAACCAAGUACCAAGCUACCAGCUGAUACUGUAGACGUACCCUGUAGUAGUAUAGUAGUUGGUGUAUACAAAAAAAGUAAUAUAUUACCUACCUAUUAUAGUCUUUAAAGAUCUUUGUAAGACUAAAUUGAAAAUAUAAACUUCGAAGGUUCUUUUUCAUUUUUCAUUGUUAUUUUUGCAAUAUGAAAUCGUAAAUUCCGGACCAUUACAAUGGAAUUACCAAGUGUUGCAGCUAAAAGUGAUAUAGAAGUGGAGUUCAUUAAUGAUCAAGUAGUUACUCAUUUAAUAAUAGACGAGACACUACUAAAAAAUCAUUCAACCAGAAAAAACAAAUCUGUUGAAGUCACUGCACUAAACUCAGGAGUUUCAAUUAAAAGUAAAACCACAAAUCAAUUACUAGAUGGGAAUAGUUAUGAUGAAGAGUUAAAUGAAAAUGAAUCAGAUGUAACAUUGAAACCAAAAGCUUUAUUUGAAGACGGAGAUGUGCCAGGUGAACGUAUGUUUAGUUUUCAGUCCAAACAAAAUAAAACACCAUGUAUAAAAAAAAAAAUAACUUCACAAGAUAACAAAAAUCUCCAAUAUCAUAAUAAAGAUGAUCGAAAAAUGUGUAAUAUUCCUGCUGAAGGUUUCUCUGAUGAUGAAAGUGAAGUUAAAUCAAAAAAUCCUUAUAAAAAAACAACUAGAACAUCAGUUAUAUCAGAAGUCAAAAAUGAAGUAUCAGACAAUGACUCUCCAAAAGUAACUGAUAGCAAAUUUGGUUAUGAAACACCUAAAAAAUUAAAAAAAUUACAUUCUAUGAAUAGUUUUGAACACAUAUCAACAAAAACCCCAAGAACUGUUCGAAAACAGAUUGCAAAAGGAAUAGCACAUCAAAAAUUUGAACAACUUAAUGAAUUUAAUGAUUCAGAUUAUAGUGACAGUGAUGAAAGUGACAGUGAUUCUAGUAUUCAUAUUAAUCUUAAAACUGUUCAGCCAGAGAUUUCUUUAAGAAGAUCUACUAGAAAGAAAGAAGUUCCUUUUAUAUAUAAAUCAGAUGAAUAUUUUUUAUCCAAAUCUGCUAAAUCUGUGAAAAAGUCUAAGACAUCAGACAAUACAUUGAAACUAUUGAAAAACCCAGUUCUAGACAAAGAACAGGUUGAUGAACUAUCAGGAAAUUCUUAUACUAAACAUGACAAAAAGUUAAAGUCAAUGUACAUAGAUACUGUGUCAAAUUUUCCAUAUUGGAUGUCUUUGCUAAGGGAAGGAUUUAAUUUACUUCUUUACGGAUUUGGUUCAAAAAGACAAAUUAUUAAUGAUUUUCGAAUGUCUGUAUUAGCGGAAGAAUCUGUAUUAGUGAUUAAUGGAUUUUUUCCAGGACUGACAAUGAAAGAAAUACUUGAAUCAAUAACAAUAGAUUUAUUAGAUCUUGAGAGUUGUCCAGGAAGUUCUGAACUCGCGAUUCAGCAAAUUGAAGAAAGACUAAAAUUAAAGACUUCUGAACAUAUUUAUAUUCUUAUUAACAAUUUGGAUGGUGUUGAAUUGCAAAACUACAAAGCACAGCAUGUAAUUUCGAGGAUUUGUUCAUUGAAAAAAGUACACUUAAUAGCAUCUAUGGAUAGAGUAAAUUCUGCUUUAAUGUUUGAUAAUACAAAACUUGGGGAUUACAAUUUUAUUUGGAUGGACUGUACCAAUUUUUUACCAUAUACAGUUGAAACUAAUUUUAUACAAUCCUUAAUGGUAAAAAACAUUGGAACACAACAUUCAUUAUCGGGAUUGAAUAAUGUUUUCAAAUCACUCCCAUCCAAUGCUAAAAGUAUCUUAUUAUUACUGAUUAAAAAUCGAAUAGAAAACAAAAACGAUAAAAAAUACGGAGGAGUUCCAUUCUCAACCUUGUAUCAUUGGUGCCGUCAACGGUUUCUAGCUAGUACAGAUCUAGCUUUGAGAAGUCAGUUAACUGAAUUUGUUGAUCAUGAAUUGGUAAAAUGGAAACGUGAUGCUGAUGUGCUCUAUGUUCCUGUAGAUGUCGAUAUACUUGCUCAGUUUUAUAAGCAAAAUGAAGAAGACGAUGAAUAA